AUGGGUCUCAGAAGGAACAAAACCUUGGUACUGGAGUAUAAGAGAAACAGCUGUACAGCGCUUUCACAGUCCACAUAUUGUACAGCAGGUUUUCACACAAACUCGCAAAACUACGACAAUUUCUCUGAGAACUACCGUAGAGUCCAAGAUUAUAAGAUACUCGUGCUACACUAUUUUUGCAAACAGAGAUAG